ACUAAAGACACCGCUUAUAAGAGCAAGAUGUCCAGAUGAAGUCGAGUUUGAGUUGACAGGCAUAAGUUGACGUGCAGCCAGGACAUUGAUGGCGAGAUCUGCGCGCUACGAUUUCUCUACCCGUACCAAUGAUCCCACUUUCCUACUCCACCUCCAAAUAAUUUCAACAACCUCCUCACCACAACCACAAUCAUGGCACCUUCACAAGCAGAUCUCAAGACCCUACAAGACCUCAUAUCCACCACACAAUCCCUACUCAAACAAUUCUCCGCCACCCUCACAACCACCGAGACCAAAAUCGACCCCAUCGAAAACCCUCCAAACCCACUCGACGUCCUCCGCGACUCCGCCAAACUCCUAAAAGCCCACACCACAAAAAUCUCCCUCCUCGCAAUCAACAAACCCUUCACCCCCACCGCAAUAACAAAAGUCCUCCGCGACCUAUCCUCAACAUGUCUCCCCGCCAUGCUCUCCGCCUCACAGAUCUGCACGCUGCAAGAAAAAUCCAUCUGGGGAACGACAAUCUCUCACGAACUCCGCAUCAGAAUUAAACGCGUAUUCCUAGAAAUCCAAAAUCUCCUCACCGAACUACAUUCGAUUUCGAACGGGAAUGAUGCGGGAUCUUCCACCGCGAGAGAUUCUUUGAGUAGUACAGGCGUAGUAUGGGAUUCUUGCGAUGCUCUGAUCGCUUUGAGUCAUAUGGGAAUUGCUGGGUUGGCGGUGCAGAAGGCGGAGCAGUAUCGCGAUACGAUCAAAGAUGCGAUUGCGGAGUUGCAGGAGUGGAAAGAGGGGACGGAUUUAGACGCUGAGGGACAUGAUGGGGAUGAAUUGUUGGGGAGUGAUGAUGAGGGGGUCGAUGGGGAAGAGGUGGAUAGUUUGGAUGAGAUUUUCAAUGCGGCGAAUUCUAUGCCGAAGGAUCGGCCGGAGUUGAAGGAGUUGGUGGAAGUGGCGGAGGGCAGGUUGAAGAAAGUUGUGUUUUUGUAUACGGCGCUUGGGAAGAGGAGGUUUAAGGAGUAUAGGGUUGAGAUGGGGAAGGUGGAGGUUGUGGAUCGGGUUUUGAUGGGGUUGUCCGUGGUGCAGAACGGGGUUGAUGAGUUGAUUAGUAAGUUUUAUGAUUUGGAUGAGGAUGGGGCGAAGGAGGAGUUGGAGAAGUGUGUGAGGGAGGCGAAAGAUGCGGCUGCGUUGGUCAGGUUGGAUUGGAGUGGGAAGGAAGAUGAGUUUACUGCUUGGAGCAAGAAAUGGGAGGAGGCGCUUGAGUGA